AUGGCCGUUGUGUCCGCCCAAACCAACCGCCAAUAUGUUGCCUGGAUGUCCGCGCUGAGUCUCGCCGCUCUCGUCACCGUCCCCUUGCUCACAUCCAACCUACUGCGCAAUCGCAAAUCCAACAGGUCGGAUCACCUCCUGUCGUUGAUGGCGAUCCCCUCACUCCCCAUAUUUGCCGAGGCAAGGAGAAUCGCGCAGGAUUAUCCCGAGAAGGUCGCCAUCGUCGAUGCCACCAAAGGACAGCGCUUCACGUUCGGACAGCUACUGGCCGACGCGUCCGCGCUGAAGAAGCAGAUUCUAGAGAGAUUGAAGCUCACCGAGACCGCGGAUCUAGCCGAACGGCGCGUUGCGUUUCUCGUUCCCAAUGGAUAUGACUACGUGGCCACCCAAUGGGCCGUCUGGGCCGCCGGGGGAGUGUGUGUUCCGCUCUGUAUGUUGCCGACCCUGUUUGUCUCCCGACUCAUCGCUAACCCCGGGCCUCUCAUUCAAGGCACCACACACCCCGUCCCUGAAUUGCUCUACACGAUCGGCGAUUCGGAUCCCUCCCUGGUUAUUCUACACCCAUCAUUCGACAAAUUCGACCAACAGUUGCGCGAUGGAAUCUCCAAAGACAUACCAUUCAUGUCGCUUACCCCCUUCACACAAGCCGAAACCCCCCAAUCCAUAACGCUGCCUCCCUUCAGCCCGGCCUGCUUCAUGGACCGACGCGCCCUCAUGAUCUACACAUCCGGCACGACCUCCAAUCCCAAGGGAUGCGUCACCACCCAUAAAACCAUCACGUUCCAGGCGAAAUGCCUGGUCAAAGCGUGGGAGUACGGCCCCUCCGACCACCUCAUCCACGUUCUCCCUCUGCACCACAUACACGGCAUCAUCAACGGCCUCGCUGCGAGUCUGAUCAGCGGCGUGACCGUCGAAAUGCACCCCAAGUUCGACCCCAAGGUGAUAUGGGACCGAUGGCAGGAUAAAGGAUCAUCGACCAUGUUCAUGGCCGUGCCGACCAUCUACUCGCGUCUUGUCGACUACUACGAGGCCAACAUUCACGGCACGGUGAAUGAGAAUGCCGCCAGGAGCGGCGCCAACGCGCUCCGACUCGUCGUCAGUGGCUCCGCAGCGCUCCCCACCCCCAUUAAGUCCAAGUUUGCUGCCAUCACGGGCCAGACCCUGCUGGAACGAUACGGAAUGACCGAGAUCGGAAUGGGGAUCAGCUGCGGGCUGGAGUUGGAGAAACGCAUCGACGGCAGCGUCGGCUGGCCUCUGCCGGGGGUUCAGGUGCGAUUGACGGACAAGGAGACCGGACAGGUGAUCGAGUCGGUGGAUGAGGACGGUAUGAUCGAGAUCAAGGGUGAUAAUGUCUUCCGGGAAUAUUGGGGUCGACCCGAGGCCACGGCCAAGGAGUUCACCGAGGACGGAUGGUUCAAGACGGGGGAUGUAGCAAGGCGCGACGCCUCCGGUGCCUAUUUUAUUCAGGGUCGGGCUUCCGUCGACUUGAUCAAAUCAGGCGGAUAUAAGAUUUCUGCGCUGGAAGUGGAGCGUAAAUUGUUGGGACUGGAUGCCAUCCAGGAGGUUGCUGUAGUGGGACUGGCUGAUGAGGAAUGGGGACAGCGCGUGGCUGCAGUUGUGAAGCAACGCGAAGGAACCGAGCCCCUAGGCCUCCAGACGCUACGCACGCAACUCAAACAGGAGAUGGCACCGUACAAGAUCCCGACGGUGUUGAAGGUCGUCGACGGGAUCGAACGCAACGCAAUGGGGAAAGUAAACAAGAAAACAAUUAUACAGAAGUACUGGCCUGAGAGUGCCUGA